AUGAAGAUUCAUAACAUUGGUGAAGAGUCGAUCCAUAACAUCUGCAGUAGCCAAGUUAUAUUUACGUUAAGUAGUGUCGUAAAAGAAUUAGUGGAAAAUUCGAUAGAUGCAGGUGCAAACGAAAUAAAAAUAAAACUAGUAGAAAAUGGAAUAAAAUUAAUAGAGGUUAAUGAUAAUGGGAUAGGAAUAAAAAGAGUAAAUUUUGAAAAUGUUUGUGCUAGACAUGCUACAUCGAAAAUAAGUGAAUUUAAUGAUAUACAAAAUUCUUUAAAUACCUUAGGAUUUAGAGGGGAAGCAUUAAAUUCAUUAUGUAUGUUAAGUGAUGUACAUAUUACUACAAAAAACGAUGACUGUAGUGAUCAUGGUUAUUUAUUAAAAUUUGAUAAACUAGGAAAAUUAUAUCAUGAGGAGCCAAUAGCUAGAUUAAGAGGUACUACAGUUAGUUGUGAAAAUAUUUUUAAAAAUAUCCCAAUAAGAAAAAAAGAUUUCAUAAAAAAUAUCAAAACUCAAUUAUCUGAUUUAUUACUUUUGAUGCAACAAUAUGCUAUAAUUUAUUAUCAUAUAAAAUUUGUUAUUUAUAAUGUGGUUACUAUUAAAGGGCAUACAAAAAAUAUGAACUUGCUAAUAACAAACGGAAAUGAAAAUAUAAAAAAAAAUUUCUAUUCUAUAUAUGGGAAAAAAAAUAUCGGGAAUUUAAUUGAACUAAAUAUUGAUAAUGAAGAAUGGAAAAUUAGAGGGUAUAUUAGUGAUAACAAUAGUGGAAGAAGAGAUAAAGAUUUACAGUUCUAUUAUAUGAAUAGUAGACCUGUACAUAUAUUAAAAAAUGUUAAUAAAAUUAUUAACACUAUUUAUAGAGAAUUUAACAGUAGAUUAUAUCCCAUUAUUAUUUGUAAUAUUCUGGCUGAUCCAAAAAAUGUAGAUGUUAAUGUGACACCUGAUAAGAGGGAAAUAUUCUUUACUUUUGAAAACGAAAUGUGUGAGCAAAUUAAAUUAGCGCUUGUUAAGUUACUUACUCCAAAAACCAGUAAUCUAAUUGAUACACAAAUUGGUGAUUAUUUUUUAAAAGUUAACAAUAUCGCACCCGCCAAAAAUAAUUAUGCAGUGAAAACGGAAAACCAUCAAGUGCUUUUAGAAGGGCAAUCAAAUGGCAAUGUUGUUGGUAUGAGCAGUUGUGCAAGGGCGCAAAAUGGGUUCUUAAAAGAGGAGGAUGUGUGUAUUGGUAAUUCGUAUAGUAAUGGCAGUGGGAGCGAUUAUGUUAACGGUGCUAACUACAUCAGUGGUAACAAUAAAUAUAGGUGUACUCACGAAGAUGGAGCGUCGUACGAAAGAGACGAGGCUCAUAGCGCACAGGUGAAAAUACUCAAUAUGUGCGAUGCGCAUUGCACAAAUGGUGAAGUGAAAAAUGAUAGAAAUAACAUAACCUUUUCCAAUCCUGACUGUUCAGGUAAUAUGAACAAAGAUAUGCAGAAAAAAAAAUAUAAAGAUUUGAGCUAUCAACAGAAUUGUGCUAUAAGUGAAUAUGCUCCUACCACAGUUGUUAAAAGUGAUCCAGAUAAUUAUAAGGAAUGCAGAAAUGUAUAUUUUCCAACAGAUAAGGAACAAAAUGAUUUUUAUGAUUCCUCAGGAAUUAAUGUAAAAAGUGAAAAUGAUAGCAGAGAAAAUAAUGUGUACUCCUAUUCUUGUGCACAAAUUGACCAAACCAUUGUAAGUAGUGAAAACAUACGUCAAGAAAAGGAACUGUCAAACAAUGGCGAAGCGGACUACUGGAGCCAAUCGAAACGGAUCGAGCGGCCUAAUAUGCCCACACAAGGUAAAGCUAACAAUUACAAUUACAACGUGGAAAAUGUUCACAGCAACACAGACACAUGCUCAUAUAUAAAAGGUGGAUAUUAUGACGACUCCAAGGUUUACGAGUACAAACUGGAAGGCGGUGACAACAACGAGAUGUACGAGUAUAAACAGGAAGGUGGUGACAACGAGGGGGUAUACGAAUACAAACUGGAAGGCGGUGACAACGAGGGGGUGUACGAAUACAAACUGGAAGGCAAUGACAAUAAAGGGGUAUACGAAUACAAACUGGAAGAUGGUAACGACGAAGGGGUAUACGAACAUAAACUGGAUAGCGGCAAGAAUGAGGGGGUGCAUGAGCAUAAACUGGAUAGGGGAAAGAACGAGGGGGUGUACGAGUACAAAUUAAAAAAUGAAGAGGAAGAACAAAAUAAUAGAAUAAAUGAAAACGGUGAGGACUACUCCUUUGAUGAUUUAAAAGAGAAUAUAAGAAACAGCUGUAUUAAGAACAUUCCUAUAGACAUUAACAUGUAUAUCAAUAGGGAAAAAAUGAAGAGGGGUUUUGACUAUGAUCAAAUACAUGUAAUAAAUUUAACAAAUAGUGAAAAAAUUAAGAAUAUUAUUUUUCAUAAAAUGAAAGAGGAGGUAAAAGUAAAUAAUUAUUUAUGUUUAACAGAUGACAAACAGGAAAAUGAAUAUAAAGAUUUAUUUAAUAGUAGUUUAAAUCUAAGCGAAAGUAGUAGUACCCGCAAUAGUAGUGAUAUUAAUGCCAUAAAUAACAGUAGUGAAGAUAUUAACUUUAACAAUAUUGAUGAAAAACAGAAGGACUUAUAUUUUAAAUCAAAUUUGUUCGAUAAGUUAAAAAUAUGUGGACAAUUUAACAAAGGAUUUGUCAUAUCAAAAAUUGAUUUAUUAUAUUUUAAAAAUAGGAAUAACCAAGAGGAGGAGGGAGAAUUUAAUAAAAAUUAUGAUGGCACAGAUUGUUAUGAGGAAAAAAAUGAUAAGAGAAGUAACUAUGCUUUAUUUAUAAUAGAUCAACAUGCAGCUGAUGAAAAAUCAAACUUUGAAAAAUAUAAUAAAGUAUUCACAAUGAAAUCUCAAAAAUUAAUAAGUAAAAUUGAUUUGGAAUUAAGUCCUGCACAAAUACAUAUUGUUGAGAAAAAUUUUGAAAUAUUUUUACAAAAUGGAUUUGAAGUUGAAAUAGUUGAAGAACCAAUUCAUAAAAAAAGAAAAGUAACAGAUAUUACAUCAUACACGGAGGAAGAAACACUUAUGGAGAUAAAAGUGUAUUUAUUAUCAUUGCCUGUAUUUAAUGGGAAAAUAUUAGAAGUAGUGGAUUUUAUGUCCCUGUUGCAUCAUUUAACAGAAUAUCCCAUAACGUAUGAUAAACAUCAUUUCGAAUUAUUCAUCAAAAAUAAGGAUCAACCAAAUAAAAAAACAGACACAUGGUUUAAUUAUAACUUCCCGAGACCACAAAAGGUUUGGAGGAUCCUGGCAUCCAAGGCCUGUCGAAACGCAAUUAUGGUUGGUAAGACACUAAAUAUCACAGAGAUGAUAAAGAUAAAAAAAAAGUUGAGUGUACUGAAAAAUCCGUGGAACUGCCCCCAUGGCAGACCUACGAUAAAGUAUGUCAUAAAUGACAUUGAUAUAAAAAACUGUUAUAAAAAUUACUACUUAAAAUUAUACGACGAAAUUACAAAUUUAAUAAUAACGAAAAAUUACGAAGCAUACAAAUAUUUAUUUCAUAAUCAUAUUUUUUUUUUAAUUAUGUCUACUAAGCCAUUAUUGGGCCCAGUUUUAAAGUUUCAUUAA